UGAGAACCGUAUGUCUACCGGUUACUACACAAGAACAAAACUACCAAUUUUGGGUUUAUUUUAAUGCAAUUGAGUUAGUUCAAAAACUAGAAAGAAAAGAAAGUAGAAAGUACUAUACUUUCACUUCGAAAUGGUGGAAGUGUCGGUCAAGUACCAGCAUUAGUCUAUAAAAAAAAUUUUAGCCAACUUUUCGACUUCAAACGCGUCUAAAAGACAUUUAUACAAUUGUUUUUGUUAUAUUGAGAGGAUUUCUAUAAUAUCCGUGCUCAUAUGAGGAUGCAUCCUUAUUUACAGUCUAUUCGAAUCAUAUGUAGAAUUGGCGUUAGGAAUUUCUGAUAUUCUUAUUAAAUUAAAGAUUGUCGUUUUCUUAUUGUUUCGCGUUUUAUGCAAUCUUAAAUAACGCUUUUAUUAUUACCUACUCUCUUUAAAUUUUGGAAGCAUUCCCUUAAAUAGACGAAAAGGAUGAAGCGCUAUCUUCAGGAGGCAUUUGGAAAUGAACUUCCAAGUGAUGAAUAUCCGACUAAUGAAAAUCGGUAUCCUCCUAAAAAUGUCAUUAAUUUGUCAAGUGAUCAUCCGACAAAGCAAUUCAAAGUCAAUUCAACCGAAAGCUCAAUGUACUUGUUGGGUUUUAAACAUAUACUUUCUACAGUUCUUAGUCACGAGUCUCACCUCUUAACGCAAGAAGAGUUAGUCGUUUUGGAUAAAUUCAAAAUCCUAGCUUGCGACGAACAAUACCUUUUUGUUCGUCUUUUCAUGAGAAAGCGCGACAAGUGGUUUCGAGUCACACAGCUAAAUUAUCAAAAUUGCCAAAGCAUAACAGAAGCUAGUGCAAACCUUACGAAACUAGGGUUUUUUGUUGAUGAAAAUUCAAUAAGCAUUGAGGAAUUAUUAGAUACUAUGACUUUAGAAGAGCUGCGUACGGUUGCUCGUUUCAGUAAAAUAAACGGGAAAUCGAGGAAAGAGAUAAUUCACUCAGUUAUCUGUUUAUCAAGAAAUCAGUCCGUCCUUCAUACCGAUGGUCAGUUACUUCUUUCAUUUAAUGGAAUAGGAAACUUGAAUAAUCAGACAAAGCAACUUAAACAGCAGCUUUUAUAUCACAGCGGAUCAUGUGUAAAACCAGAAAGAAGUGUCGUUGAGCUUUUUCAUCGAAUCCAUGCUGUGUACUUUCGUUCUACAAUUUAUGAUGAGCAUUCUCUAACUUCUUUGAUCCUAGUUCGCAUAAAGAAAACAGUAUAUCCAGGUUAUCAAAUAUCUCGAACCUCAAACGUAUUCGAAUCUAGGACAAUAUUAAUAGAAUACGUUGAUGCGUUAGAGCUUUGUAAGAAACUUUUGCCAUUAUUUGAAGGACCUAGUUUGUCAAACAAGGAAGCUCUUGGAACUGCCCUUGAUCUUUUUUUUAAUAUCUAUCCAAAAUGGUUGUCAUACAUCCAUCAGGAUAUGCUAAAGUUUGCGACUGAUUUUGAGGAAGAUAAGCAGCGUUUGUACAGUUUUAUAUUUUCUUAUCGCCCAGGGGCCGUUUAUACUUAUUUGAUUCAUAAAGGUACGAAUGUUUUGGGAAAGCUACGACUAGUUGAACUUGAAAUCGAAGUUCUUGAUACUCUACUUGCUCAAAAUUUAUACUUGAUUGGUAAACGGGGAUUUUGGUAUAAUAGAAAAGCGCUUUUGGAAGGGAACUACAAAACUACGGACGUUAGUGUGUUACAAAAUUGGCAACGUCGAGGACUAUGUACAUGUACGCACGGUAUCGAGGACAAAAAUACACAUAUGAAAUACCAAUUUGUCCUUCAAAGAAGACUUUCGCGACUCGAAAAGGUCUUAUUGAUACCUGAGAAGGACAGGCGUGAUUUUUCAUAUAACUUUCAAAAUAAACCCUCAAGUAUUACAAUCUUUGGAAAAAGAGUGGAUCCUAAGGAUAAAAGUCAACCAAGAACACUUUGGCUUACUUCGAAAGGUGAUGUAUUAACAGUUGAAAAGUUUGCUGUUGAGUACUAUGCAUCUUUUGGUUGGUCUGCUAUUCAUUCUGAGGGUGGAAUUUUCUUAACUUUAUUUGCUUUGGUUUUUUGGGAUAUUUUGUUUAUGGACAUCCCAGGUGUUUUCCAAUCCGCGUUUCAGUCAGCACCUUUAGAUUUAUCAACGGAUUUAUUUUUUUCGGCACGAGAAUACGCAAUUCGUGGAAGACUUGCAGAAGUCGAAAACGGCUGCACGGAAAAGUAUGUCAAAAUGGUUUAUACCCGUGAAUCAAAAAGUCAGCCAGUAUGCAUCGGGCUUCAAUGGUCUUAUUCACUCGAGACGCUGCUCUCAGUAAUUUAUUGUAUUCAUGGUAAAGCUUUAGCUUCUAUAUUUCAUGCCAUGGCCCAAGAUUAUAAGAAUGCUUCUAGUGGUAUGCCGGAUUUAUGCCUUUGGAAUACUAGUACAAAGAAUUUUCUACUUUCGGAAGUGAAGAGUGAUAAUGACAAACUGUCCGAACCCCAAAAAUUCUGGAUAGAUUUAUUGCUAAGUGCAAACUUAUCUGUUGAAGUAUGCCAUGUGCUCAUGGAUGCUGAUAAAGCUUCUUUAUAAUCAUAGUCAUGUUAAGGUUUUGGUCAAAGGGAUUAGACAGGACUAGAUGGAAUAUUAUUCUUAUACUUCGUAAUGAUAGACCUGACCUUUAUUUCGCUCGAAAUUCGUAUUUAAAAAGGAAGAAAUUAUCAGGAAGUGUGCCAAUGUUUGGUAUUUAUUUAUUUACCUCCUAAGGUUUUUAUUUCAGUAUGCUAGGUAGUGGAUCCUUUCAUGUUAUGUUUCCUACAUAACUCUCAGCAACAUUGACGAUUUUAUGAUGAGACGCUUUAUUUCCUCUCUUGCUUUUCAACUGAUUUUUAUAAGUUCAAAAAUCAGUACGUAGAAUACUGCAUCUUUUCAAACCGUUCCUAGACUUUGAUAAAGUGUCUUGCCCAUUAAGGAAAAUUCUCUGAUCACAUACAUCAGAUGUCUAUUCUUCAACUUCAGUCCCCUUUCACUGUGCGAUAUCAAAUAUUAGCAUCUUGGCUUGUUCAAUGAAAUCAGCCUUUUUCAUCUUCAUAACUUUGAUUUCAUUGAUUUUCAAUCCUUAUACUUUAAACCUCCUCAGCGCAAGAUGCUAGUUCAAAUCAUGUACAGCCUAAUGAAACAAACUUGAAAUUUACGUUGUCAAAGAUCUUAUUGUUAGAAAGAAUUACUUCCCUAUUUAUAAUAUUCUAUACUUUUUCUGUGCACGCGAAAAUAUU